CUCACUUUGACAAUUUCAGGGGCAAAGCUUGUUAGCCAGAAAGCUAACAAUAUCUAGCCAGACAGCCGGUGUUUGUCGGAUAUGUUUCAGCUCAACUAGAACCAAACCCUGAGCUCAAACCCCAAUCCAGGGACCAGGAUCUAGCUGAGGCUCUGGACUCUGGCGGCUCUGACAUGGAGAUGGAGAGAAGCAUCAUCCAGGUCCAGGAGUCUUCAGCUCAACACAGAGCCAAGAUGUGGAAGAUCGCUCUAAAUGUCUCCGGCAAAGGAGACAGUCUGUCUCCCUGGGAUGGUGUCCUCGAUUUACCCGAACAGACCCUCAUUCACAACCGCAGCCAGCAGCUGAUUGACCAGCUGGAAGUAUCAGAGGAAGAGAGGAGCGACAUGGUGUCCGAUGUUGAGUCAGUCAUCACUUUCUACUGCAAGUCCCGCAACAUUACCUUCACCCCGGAGCUGAGCUGGCCGCACCUGCUCAAACCACUACUGGGGCUUCAGCUUCCCCGCAGCGACCUCUACAACUGCUUCUACGCCAUCAUGAACAAAUACAUCCCCAGGGACUGUGUGCCAAACGGCCGCCCCUUCCACCUAUACAGACUACUGCUGCAGUACCACGAGCCAGAGCUCUGCUCCUUCUUGGACACCAAAAAGAUCACACCUGACUCCUACGCCAUCAACUGGAUGGGCAGUCUGUUUUCCAGCCACUGCCUUCCUGACGUCACCCAGGCCUUGUGGGACUCCUACCUCCAGCAGGCUGACCCUUUCUUCAUCUUCUUCCUCAUGCUCAUCAUCCUCGUCAAUGCCAAAGAGACCAUCCUUGCACAAGAAGGAGACAGCAAAGAGGACAUCAUCAAAAUGCUGGAAGCAUCUCCAUCCCUUCUGGAAGGUGAAGACAUUGAAGAUUUGUUUUCUCUGGCGCAGUAUUACCAGAGCAAGACCCCUUUGUCUCUCAGAAAGAUGAACCAGAAUCUGUUUGGUAGCAGCCUGGUGGCUCUGAAAGAAGAGGACACAGACCUGAGUCAGGCAUUGUGUCUCCCCGUGUCUGUCCCCGAGAUUCUGCAGGCCAACCAGCAGCAGCAGGAUGGGGUACGCUUCUUCGUGGUGGAUUGUCGGCCCGCUGAGCAGUACAACGCGGGGCACCUGUCCACUGCCUUUCACCUGGACUCUGAUCUGAUGCUCCAGAACCCAUCUGAGUUUGCUCUCUCUGUGAAGUCGCUCUUGGAGGCACAGAAGCAGUCUUUGGAGUCAGGCUCCAUCGCCAGCGGAGAGCACUUGUGCUUCAUGGGCAGUGGGAGAGAGGAGGAGGACAUGUACAUGAACAUGGUGUUGGCCCAUUUCCUGCAGAAAAACAAAGAAUACGUCAGCAUUGCUAAAGGAGGUUUCAUGGCUCUCCAGCAGCAUCUGGUAGACAUGAACGUCGAGGGCCUCGACUCCUCGUACGUCCACUGGAUUGUCAGCACGUCGGGAUCUCACAGCAGCCUCAGCUCUGCGGAUGGAGAUUCUCUGAGCAGCCCUGGAGACGGUAAAGGCGUCAAGUCUUUGGUCAACAAAAUGACGUUUGCUCUCAAGUCCAAGUCGGUAAACGUAAAGGAGAAGAUGAUCAGCUUCAUUGAGAACACCUCCACUCCUGUAGACAGAAUAUCUUUCAAUCUGCCCUGGCCAGAGAAGGUGAUUCCUGAUCGGCAUGUAAGCAGCAGCGACCGUGUUGGUAAACCUUACCGGGGGGUGAAGCCUGUUUUCAGUAUCGGUGACGAGGAGGAGUAUGACACAGAUGAGAUUGACAGCUCAUCCAUGUCAGACGAUGACAGGAAGGAGAUUGUCAACAUUCAGACCUGGAUAAACAAACCAGAUGUAAAGCAUCACAUUCCGUGCAAUGAGGUGAAAGAAACCGGUCACAUGUUCCCGAGCCACCUGUUAAUCACAGCCACUCACAUGUACUGCCUGAGGGAGAUCGCCUCAAGGAAAGGCUUUGCCUACAUCCAGUCCAGACAAGCACUAAACUCUGUGGUGAAGAUCACAUCCAAAAAGAAGCACCCAGAACUGAUCACGUUCAAGUUUGGCAGCAACAACUCAGCUGGAGUGGAGAUAUUGGCAGUUGAAAGAUAUUUGAUACCCAACGCAGGCGAUGCCACCAAGGUCAUCAAGCAGCAGAUCAUGAAAGUCCUAGAUGCUCUGGAGAGCUCGUAAAGGGAGACGGGGUCAUGAUGGGGUAUCAUGACGGCCAGCCGUAAACACAAACUGUUAGAAGAGUCUCUGUCUGCCAAGAGUGAAACCUUCUCCCGCUCUCUCCCUCGGCUGUCCUCCUUCCUGGACAGAUCCAGCGCAGUGUUGACUGUGAAGCCCCGUGUGUCUGCGUUUGAGGACACGGGGGCACACCGCUGACUGCAGAGCUGUGGGACAGGCUGUGUGUGUUGAAAUACUUAGGUGCUCCGCAGUCAUCCAACCAUCCUCUUACACUAAGUUAAAAAAAAUAUAUAUAUAUUGGUUAUACUGUAUGUUUUUCUUUGCUAUUGAUAAAACAUCAUUACAGUGCAGUUCCACUUUGGAAACUUCCCUCUGGCCUUAACGUAGCGUACUAACUGACCAAUGGCAAACCUGUUCAAUAACCACAUGACUGACCUUUUCUUUUCACUUAAACAUCACGGUUCUGACCCCAUUUUUUUUGUAGCGAACACUGUUGCAUUUCAGUCUCUUAAUUUCCUUUUUCACGUGUCGACAGUUGGUUUCAUGGUCAUUGUUCAGGUCAGGAAGUGAGCAUGAGUCAAGUACCGCCAGCUCAAACAGAAGAUGCACAUCCCAUUUAAAGAAAAAAAAAAAAGCAGUGCUGGCACAUGAGGCAGGUUUCCUACCGCAACAACUGUUUUGAUAACUUUUAUUUUCCAGCAGACAGCCUUAAAUAGGAAUUAUUUGAGGAUGUUUAUAAAUAUGUAAUGUAUAUAUUGUGUAAACUGCUCUAUAUCAGCACAGACGUUUGCAAUGUCAUUUUGAAAGCAUAUCCUAGUGGUUAGAAUAUGCGGUGAAACUUUACGUGGCUUCUAAAACCAGCUCACAUGGUUUGAAGUUCCCCCUUCUUUCUAGAGCAAGCAGUAAGUAAAUAAGCCUUUUACAGAGUUUCUAAUUUAAGAAUGAAUUAACCUCAUCUCAUAGCAGUGUGAUGUAGCUCUCAAAAAGCAUCGUUCAUAAGCCCCUCUGGACUACAUUAGUAUUACAAAAGGAGGCUCAGUGAUUGUAGUUAUCGAGAGCCUGAGCACCUCAGUAUUUUUUUUUUCAUUUCAUUCAGAUACAGUAUGUCACUGAUUUUUUUUUUUUUUUUUUUUUUUCCCAAGUUAAAUGGAUGAAAAUGUCCAGAUGAAAUAUGUGACUGUUGAGUCCUCUCAUCAGGAAGGCUGUCACUGUCAUUGAAGCAACAUCCUGCUAACUGCUAACUAUUUUGAAAGAUUGCUGUAACAAGGACUGUGCUGUAUACAGCUUUGAGAGGAAUGAAAAGAUAAUGUGAUUAAAAAAAAAAAAAAAAAGCAAAGUCAUUAUAUAUCUAUGGUUUCAAAUCUGUCUUGUCCAGUGUAUUAAUCUAACUAAGCAGCUUUAGUUCGCUUGCCACUGUUGCCUUCGGCCUCAUGCCUGUGAUGUGUGAUAUUGGCACCAGCAGUGGCAACAUAUCACAGUAUAUUGCUGCUUCUUCCUCUAACCUUUAACUCUAUUUCAGACUUUUCCUCGCUUUCCUCGCUUACUUAUUCAUUUGCGUUGAAGUCUAGUUGUGUAGGCAGCCUGGGUAUUAAUUGUCAAGCGAAGCCUCUGAACUGACAGCUCCUGUUGAAAUUUCAGUCCAGAGGGGGUUUAUCCCUUUUAUCAUCAAAAAAAAAAAAUUGAAUGCAGGGAGAACUCAUCCUGACUAAAACAUUAAGGCACAUUUAUAAUAUGGGCAACAAAAAACCAAAACUUGAAUUAAAGACUCACAAAUCUGGUCUUUCUUCACUCCAGUCUUUCAUAGCAUUCCUGUGUAACCCAUGCAUUGUGUUGUAAUUUGUAAUUUUGUGAUAUUUUUCAGUAUUCAACUGACUGGAACAUCCUUGAUUACUCUGUUAACAUCACUGGCAAAGGAUGUCACCACUAGUCGAAAAUGCAACAUGUCUCAAGUGUAAUUUGCACCUUACUGUACUGCUAUUAUUUUCUAAGCGUUUCUGUUUUUAAUAAAUGGAAAUUAUUCGACUGCA